AUGCGCCUACGCCAACUUAAACGCCUUAAGAAAGCAGAGCAAGUCAAGAACCAGUACAUGACGAACAGAAAGAAGAUCGAGGAGCAGACCAAUGUUUUAAACACAGAAUGGACAAAGCUCCGGAUUCAAGCCAUUCCAAUGUCCUCCACCCCCGGAGCGCUGCCCAGCAAGAAGGUGUGCAGCGUGGACUUCGGCUUCCGGUCCUUCAAGCCUCAGUCGGUUCCGUUGAGACCCCUGUCCACAGUGGCAGCCAUCCCCUUCAUGUACUCCUGGUCCCCCCUGCAGCACAACUUCAUGGUGGAGGACGAGACCUUUCUCCACAACAUCCCGUACAUGGGCGACGAGGUCCUGGAGCAAGACGAGGCCUUUUUGGAGGAGCUCAUUGACAACUAUGACGGUGUCCAUGGCGACAGAGAGGGAGGCUUCAUCAGCGAUGAGGUGUUUAAGGAGCUGGUGGAGGCGUUAAGUCAGUAUCCAGAGGAGGAAGAGGAGGAGGUGGCCCCUGCAGCGGAGACUGUGAUGAAGAGGGAGGACGAGAGGGUCCUGAGGAGCAGCUCUGCCCCCGACUCUGACGACAGCAGAGCCACUGUGGCCUUCAGCAGGAGGAAGAGGAGGAGCACUGCAGAGGCCAGAGACGUGUCCAGCUGCAGCUCCAUCCCCAGUGACUCCAUCUUCACCGCCAUCGCCUCCAUGUUCCCGUACAAGGGCAGCACCCAGGAGCUCAAAGAGAAGUACAGGGACCUCCUGGAGCCGUCGACCCGGGUGAAGCUGCCCCCCCUCUGCACCCCCAGCCUGGAUGGACCCUACGCCAAGUCUGUGCAGCGAGAGCAGUCUUUGCAUUCCUUCCACACGCUCUUCUGCAGACGCUGCUUCAAAUACGACUGUUUUCUGCAUCCUUUCCACGCCACGGCAAAUGUUUACAAGCGGAAGAGCAAAGAGAUCCGCAUGCAGACGGAGCCGUGUGGAGAGGAAUGCUUCUUGUUGCAGAAAGGGGCAAAGGAGUUUGUGGAGCAGAACAUGCUGAGGUCCCAGCGGUCGCGAAAGAGAAAGAAGGCUCCACGUCCCACUGGCCACAGCUGCCCUGGGCCGUCCUGUGAGGAGGGCAAAGACGGGGACAGUGACCAUGAAACCACCUCCUCCUCAGAGGCUAAUUCUCGGAGUCAGACGCCCACUAAACUGCGUGUGGGAGAAGACUCCGAGCCGGAGCCCAGAGGCUGUGUGCUGGAGUGGAGCGGAGCUGAGGAGUCUCUCUUCAGAGUCCUUCACGGAACAUACUUCAACAACUUCUGCUCCAUCGCUCGCCUCAUCGGCUCCAAAAACUGCAAAGAGGUUUAUGAGUUUGCUGCAAAGGAAGCUUUGAUCCACAGAGUUCCAUUGGAGGAGAGCGACAUUUCUCCUCAGAAGAAGAAGAGAAAGCACAGGUUAUGGGCAAAGAUUCAGCUAAAGAAAGAUAACGCGUCCAAUCAGGCGUACAACUACCAACCAUGUGACCACCCGGACCACCCCUGCGACAGCUCCUGCCCCUGCAUCAUGACCCAGAACUUCUGCGAGAAAUUCUGCCAGUGCGAGAGCGAGUGCCAGAACCGGUUCCCAGGCUGCCGGUGCAAGACGCAGUGCAACACAAAGCAGUGUCCGUGUUAUCUGGCCGUGAGGGAGUGCGACCCGGACCUGUGCCUGACCUGUGGAGCGGCCGAGCACUGGGACAACAAACAUCUGCUCUUGGCUCCAUCCGACGUGGCCGGCUGGGGAACCUUCAUCAAGGAGGGUGUUCAGAAAAAUGAGUUUAUCUCUGAGUACUGUGGAGAGCUGAUCUCCCAGGACGAGGCGGACCGGCGCGGGCGGAUCUAUGACAAAUACAUGUCCAGUUUUCUUUUCAACCUGAACAAUGGCAAGUCCUCUCUGUCUCUGCUGCGAUGUCCUCUGCACCUCCUCUUCACCUCUUCUACACCUCCUCUGCACAUCCUCUGCACCUCCUCUACACCUCUGCACAUCCUUUACACCUCUUCUGCACCUCCUCUGCACCUCCUCUACACCUCUUCUGCACCUCCUCUACCCCUCCUCUGCACCUCCUCUGCACAUCCUCUGCACCUCCACUGCACCUCCUCUGCACCUCCUCUGCACCUCCUCUACACCUCCUCUGCACCUCCCUCUGUACCUGCUCUGUACCUCCUCUACACCUCCUCUGCACCUCCUCUACACCUCCCUCUACACCUCCUCUGCACCUCCUCUGUACCCUGUACUCUGUACCCUGCUUGUACUCCUCUACACCUCCUCUGCACCUCCUCUAUACCUCCUCUGCACAUCCUCUGCACCUCCUCUGCACCUCCUCUACACCUCCUCUGCACCUCCUCUGCACCUCCUCUGAACCUCCUCUACACCUCCUCUGCACCUCCUCUGCACCUCCUCUACACCUCCUCUGCACAUCCUCUGCACCUCCUCUGCACUUCCUCUGCACCUCCUCUUCACCUCCUCUGCACCUCCUCUGUACCUGCUCUGUACCUCCUCUACACCUCCUCUGCACCUCCUCUACACCUCCUCUGCACAUCCUCUGCACCUCCUCUGCACCUCCUCUACACCUCCUCUGCACCUCCUCUGCACCUGCUCUACUUUGUCGUCGAUGCCACUCGCAAGGGCAACAAAAUCCGCUUUGCAAACCACUCGGUCAAUCCAAACUGCUACGCCAAAGUGGUGAUGGUGAACGGGGACCACCGGAUAGGGAUCUUUGCUAAACGAGCGAUACUGCAAGGAGAAGAGCUCUUCUUUGACUACAGAUACAGCCAAGCCGACGCACUCAAAUACGUGGGCAUCGAGCGCGAGUUGGAGAUGAAUUAA